AAUGUAUUUUGUGUUUCUUUGUGUGUUUUGUGUGGGGGGUGGUGUGGGGGGGUAAGGGGGAAACCGCUUUGGCCGCCUCCUCCAUGGAGAGGCGAGUUUUUCCAGGUCGCCUCCCCCGUGGCCUAACAGCGAGGAUCGUGCGGCCUUUCCCGGAGACGCGCCUGGGGCUUCAGUGGCAGGCGCAGCGUGGACUCUCGGCGUGGAGCGGGUGAGCCCUCGCUGGGGCUCGCUGGAGGGGAGCGCUCCGUUUCGCUGGCCCGGGGCAGCCUGAAGUCGCGGUCUGCAGAGUUCCAGCUGGUGCGGCGUCUACAGCCCGGGAUCCCUCGUGGGGGACCCGGGGGAAGAAGAAGCCAUCACUGCCGGCCCGCGGCCAACUUCUACCGUGGGCCCGGCAUGGACUUACCAUCACCCCUGGAGGGGAGCUUUGCUUGCCGGCCCUGCAGUCUACGGUGCUUCUGGCUGCGGCGGAGACUUUAAAUCUCAACCGCCGGCCUCGGCCUACACCAUCUUAAAGCCGCGGUCUCCGGUGAGGAAGAGCCGAUCCUGGACUGACUCUGGACUCUGGUCCUGUCCACGGGGGGGAAAUGGAGGAGGACUGGCCAAAUUUUGUGCCUUCUACCACAGUGAUGAAUGCUGUGGUGGAUGUUUGUGUUACAGUUUUAUUGUGGUUGUGUGUUCUUUAUUAUUGUACUGCUGCUGACAACCCAAAUUUCCACCGACUCUGGUUGUGUGGCAAUAAAUUAUAUCUAUCUAUCUAUCUUUAUGUUUAGUUACAAAUUAGACUGGAAACAGGUCCUUUGGCCCACUGAGCCUGUGGCAACUGGCAAUCACCCCUACACCUGUUCUAUCCUGCACACUGGAGAGAACUUACAGAAGCCAAUUAACCUACAAAUGGCACAUCUUUGAAAUGCGGGACGAAACCAGAGAACCCGCAUAAAAAACGCAUGCGGUCAUGGGGAGAACGUACAAACUCCACAAAGACUGCACCCAGAGUCAGGAUCGAACCCAGAUCUCUGGCUCUGUGAGGCAGCUACUCAACCACUAUGUCCUCAACACAACCGGUUUUCCCAAUUUAGCAAACAUAUGCACUCAUCCAAAUCAUUUAUGGAGAUUGUGCGAAGUUGAGUCCAAGACACAACACAUUAAAUCUCUUCUACCAGAGAAGGAAUGAUUUACGCAUGCCCUCUUUUUCCUAUCAGCGAGUCUUUCAGCUCUCCAUUAUAAUAUUUUACCUCCCACACAAUGAGAUAUUAUUUUCCUCCCAAAGCUUUGAAACAGUAUCUUAUCAAUGCUCUCUGGGGAUCUAUAUAGAGCUCACUCUCUGGUUCCCCUUUAUCUUCAUCACUUUUCUUCCACAAAAAAACUCUAUUACUUAGUCAAACAUAAUUGCUAUUUCACUAAACUAUGUGGGCUUUGCCUGAUUGCCUUUAAUUUCUCUCUGUGUCUUGCCAUAAUGCCUUGAAUAAUAGCUUUUAAUAUUUUCCUCAGGAUAGUUUAGUUUAGAGACACUGUGUGGAAACAGGGCCUAGUGUAUCCAACACAUGAAGGACAAUUUGCAGAAGUCAAUUAACCUAAAAAUUCGCCCAGUCUUUUGAAAGUGAGAGAAAACCCACGUGGUCACAGGGAGAAUGUACAAACUCCGUACAGACAGCACAGAACACGUGUCUCUCAUGCUGUAAAGCAGCAACUCCACCACUGUGCCACGAGGCUCCAUCUUCCUCCCACGUCCCAAAGAUGUGUGGGCUUGUGGGUCAAUUGGUCUCCGUAAAAUGGAUGGGUCGGCCUGUACUCAACGGGACAAAGGACGACCGAUACAGACAGCACCAGUAGUCAGGAUUAAACCCGGGUCUCUGCCGCUGUAAGGCAGCAACUCUACCGCUGCACCACCGUGCCCUGCAGAGUGAGGAAGUAUUUCCCAAAUGGCAGUACUGCAGCAGUUUCAAUGUACAGGAAGGAACUGCAGAUGUUAGUUUAAACCAAAGAUAGACACUAUGUCACAAAAUGCUGAAGUAACUCAGCGGGUCGGGCAGCAUCUCUGGAGAAAAGGAAUAGGUGACAUUUUGGGCUUUCCCACUGACUCUCAGUCUGAAGAAGGGUCUUGACUUGAAACGUCACCUAUCCCUUUCUCCAGAAACGCAGCCUGACCUGCUAAGUUACUCCAGCUUUUAGUGUCGACCUUUGGUUUAAACUGGCACCUGCAGUUCCUUCCUGCACAGUGAAGCUAGCACUACCAUGCCAGUUCCACAGUUCGUAUCCCUUCAUUAUCGCCUCUUUCACGGCCACCCUUCCUGGGUCAUCGGUGCCGGAUUUGUUCUGUACCUUUCCAUACCUCUAGUUUCCCUCCCCUGACUCUCAGUCUGAACAGCGGUCUCAACCCGAAACGCCAACUAUCCUCGUUUUCCACAGAUGCUGCCUGACCUGCUGAUUUACUCUAGCACUUUGAUCUUCCUAGGCCACAUUAUGAACAUUGAUGUUGUGGGUCGGAUCCGACCGGCACGAAGACCGGAACAAGGACACAGCCUGCAGACGUCGGCCGAAGGCAAGACCAUCUACACAACAUUGGGAGGAGGUGCCUCCUGCAGUUUUCAGGAGGUCUUCGACCCGAGCAUUUCCACCCGGGAGAUAUUCACCAAGACUGUGGAGCCCCUGAUCAACGUAUUCACGGAAGGAAUGAAUGUCUGUGUCGCCGUGUUUGGUGAAACUAACUCUGGGAAGACGCACACACUAAUCGGAGAAAAGAAUGACCGAUAUGCAAUCAUACCCCUAACGAUUGAUUACGUCUUUGGUCAACCAACCUUGCAGAAUUUGCAGGUCACUGCAAUGUGGUCUCUUUCCAUGUGCAUGUAUGAGAUUUAUGCUGAGGCUCUGAAGGAUUUGUUACAUUCUAGUGGAUUGGAUCCUGCCACUUUAAAACUUUCAUGUACUGCACAGGAUGGUACAUUCAUCAAGGGUUUGAACCGUGUCACCCUCUCUUCGGCAGCCGAUGCUACCACCAUUUUCCGGCAAGGUUGGGCACGGCGCACCGGGGCGGUGACGGACUUUGGACCUGCGGCCAACCAUGCGACCGUCGUGACGCAACUAAACUUGCUGGUGCAAGACAGAAAUGAGCUUCAUCCCACCAAGUCAACCCUGCAGAUCAUUGAACUACCAGGAGCAGAGGUGCUCGUAGAUGACAAGAGCACGUUACACUUUCAAGAAGGCUCCUUACUCAGCAAGUCGCUUCUUGCCUUCUCUCAAGUGGUGAAUAAUCUGGCCAGUUCACCCAUGCCGGACAGAGUUAUUAACUACAGUGAAUCCAAACUAACUCAGCUGACACAAGAUGCUUUUGGAGGGAACUGCAAGACUCGGAUUAUUUGUUGCCUGCCACCUAAACCGGAAAUCCAGCGCCUUUCUGCCGUCUUGCGGACAUGUGCUACGCUUUCCCAAGUGAAAAACUUCCCUGUGUUAAACGACCACUUUGUUGAGUCACUGUUGACCCAGUACCGGGCACGGAUUUUGGCCCUCCAGGCUGGAGAGGAUAUGGGCACCAAGGCUGGGAGUGAGAAGACCAAUGCCCUCAAGGAUCAAAUUCGUCGACUGAGCAAUGAAAACGUGCAUCUUCGUGACAAGAACGAACGCUUGUACAACAAGCUGGGAGAUCUCCAGGGGAAGAUGGGGCAGCUGGCUGGGUCGAAGACCGAUCUCUCAUCCAAACUGGUCUUCAGCGAGGAAGAGAAACUGAAGAUUUCCAAGGAUCUGAUUGAUCUGCAAAUCCAGACAAACAAGAUUCGGGAACAAUAUGAAGCAGAGAACUUUGAACUGAAGAAUAAGAUUCUAAUUCUUGAAAACAGAACAAUGGAACUGGAAGGGCAGAAGAACAAAUGUCUGAACGAAUACGAAGUGGCAAGGAACCACCUGAAGGCACUCGAGAAAAAUCGGCAGGAACUAGCCGAUGAAUAUGUUGCUCUGAAGAGCAAUUAUACAACACUGAGUAAACGGUAUGAAAAGGAGGUUGCAAGGAAUGAUGAGCUGAGCAUGGAACUCCUGAACUUGGCCAAUUCCAGGAACUCCCUUAUCCAGGAACAGGACCAGCACGUGAAAACCCGAGCCAUUUACGAUGAAGCUGCCGUGGAGUUAAGCAGAGUGAAGGAUCUUGUGGCCAGACUCAGCAGUCAGAAGACUGAAGAGGCUUCUGAAUACGAACACACCACGUUUGUGAGAAAUUUGCUAGGUAACCAGGAUCAGAUCAAAGACCAAAUAGACGUUAUGAAGCUAACCUACGAGAAGCAGCAAAAUGCAAUGGAAGAACGAAUUGUAAAGAUGGGCAAAGAACUUCAAGAGGCCAAAAGAGCUAUUAGAAACACACAACACAAACUGGCAGAGCAAACAGUGGCAUUGCUCGGUUCCCAGAGCCACGUGAAGGAGGUGGAAAGUGAGAACUCUCAGCUGCAGCUGCGCCUGAAAGAACUGAAUGAAGAAUACCGCAUGCGGCUGGUCCGCUACAUCGAAGAUGUAACAGACUACGUGGAUAGUUCGGGGAAACCGGGCAAUGACAACACCAAACCCUCAGCUGACCCACCGCACCUGAAGAGGUUUGUGGACAGCAUGCUCAAGGACAUGCGAUCUGCCUACAGAUCUCGAGAGGAACAGUUGGCUACGGCAGCCAGGAACUACAAGAAAAGGAUGCAGAACGUCUUCAAGAAGCACGAGCAUCUCCUGAUCGCUUACAGAAUGCAGCGGGAACAGAUUUUAUCAUUGGGCAACAAGGACCUGGAUCCUGGCCCUUCAGAGAUAACUUUUGCAAUCACCGACAGUGAACUAUUGAACAGUCAUAGUCAGGAGCUGAACCGCUUACGUGAGGAUAAAGCUCGUCUGGAAGCUCAAGUCCGGGAACUCCAGGAGAAGAUAAGGCUGGGUGGGAGCUCUGUACUGACCAUGCCUUCCUUGACGCUGGAAACCGGUGGCAAUUUUGAUAAUGAACGCUGGAGCGAACUAAGGAAACAGCUGAGAGAGUUUACAUUUGCAACACAGGAAGAACUGGAACGCGAGCGUGCACAGUUGUAUUCACGGGUCACCAUCGCAGAGGAGCAGUUGGCCGAACUACAGGAGUAUGUGGACAAGCACCUGGGCAGGUACAAGCAGGAAAUUACGCACCUCAGGAAACUUGUUGGGACUGAAGAAUCGAGAGGUCUACGCUAACAACUCCAGUAUUUAGUUCAUCCAUAGAAAUUACACCAGUUCUCAGGUCCUCAACUCUGAAAAACAGUAAAGUAACUCCUAAUAUUGUCA